AUGACGGCGCUGGAGAAUGAUAUUGGGGCAACCAUGGACGGAACAUUCGUGAGACGACGCUCUCUGAAACGAGCAGCAAACUUGUCAUCAGCAAACGAAGAGCUUGUCUCAGUGUCGCGUUCACCACCAUCGUCGCCGGGUCAUGGCAUCCCGAACGGCGGAGGAGGGCGGGAAGGGGAUUUGGCGAGCAGGAAGAGGGGAGAGAAGUUGGGAGCGUCGAUCAAGAGGAAGUUCUUCAAGGCGUUCGUGCGCGGGACUUCGGCAGGCGCGCAGGUGGACGCACAUCAUGCGGAAGCCGCGCACCAUGGACAGCUAGAUGCGUCUGUUCGCGCGCGCGCGCCGAGGCUUGGGCAUACCCGUUCGCUAUCAGAUCAGACGGCGUCGGUCUCGGCAAAGCCGACCAUUGUCCACUCGCACACAAUUCCAGAGGAGCCAACGCACAUGCCGUCGUUCUCAAAGGCAGCUGUCGCGAUUUCACAAGGCGGCGCCGGGGCUACAAACUCCCUUACUCUAGAUACGCGGCCUCUACCCCAGUACACGUCGCAUUCCACCACGUCGCCUACCAAUGAUUCUUUUCUAGCACCUCCGCUGAAGCACAAUCUCACCGUCGAUGGGGACUUACCCCCUACCCUAGAGUCUGAGGCGCUCUUUUCAGACGGCGUCGCGGACCAGCUCCUCGCAGAUGCCGCCGUGCCCGCGAUCCUACAGCGCGGCCUCCUCCUCACCAAGCUCAGCGAGAAACGGACGUUCGAUCUCCCCUUAGACACGUUCCCCUUCGGAAAGAACAGCAGUGUGUUCAGCGGAAGGAGGCUCAAGCGCGUGUUGGUGCGCGUGGAUCCGGACCAGGGGCAGAUUGUGUACGAGAGCGGGGAGGAUUUGGUGGACGACGCGGGGAGGGGGGCUGAUGGUGCGCCGAUCAUGCCAGGCCCGGCGCCGAAGGAAGCCCGAGUGAUACCCAUCGAGGCGAUUCGCGAAAUCCGGAUGGGCGCAGACGCAAUGGCCAGCCUCGCGAAGGGGAAACCGCUGGAGGACGACCACGACCUUGCUUCCCCCAUGGCCGCCACAUUCCCACUGGUCCAUACUCCAAGUCAACAUCGUCCCCCGUACACCGCUUCCCAAUCAGCACCGGCAGUUGCAGGUGCUCUGGACAUCGCCCCGCCUUCGCCGAGGAGCGCACCUGCGUUGUUGCAUUCGGCGUCGUCUCCCCCUUCGGUCACGUCUUCUACCCCGCCGUCUUCGGCGCCUGUCAAUGUCUCACCAAUAUCGUACUCAAUCUCCCUCCCUCCUCCAAUCGUGUCGUCGACUCCACCAUCUUCCGCACCCAUCCACACCAGAUCGCUGGGAUCGCCGCCCGCUGCGCCUCCCACCCGUUUACUCACCAUCAUCUACACCCUCCCCCACAAGACCCAAUCGCAAUACAAGUCCCUCCAUCUCCUCUUCCCUCCCCCACUGCUUCCCCAAAAGCCAUCCCCAGUCACUGACGUAGACUUAUGUCAGCUAUUCUGCGAUACACUGCGGAAACUGCACGCUGUGCGGCUGGAGCUGAUGAACGGAUUGGGGAACAUCGCGGUGCGCGAGGCGAUGUGGGAGCGUAUCGUGUGGAAAGAAGGCGAUGUAGGGAGUAGCGACGAUUUGAGGAUGGAAGGGAAAGGAAAGGUCGGCAAGUCGAAGCACCCCGAUGGGAGGGGAGACGGAAAGAUGGAGUGGAUGGAGGUCCUCGCCCUCUGUACCAAGCUGAAUGUAAGCAUGGGGAGAGAAGAGCUGAUGAAUCUAUUCAAACAAGCAGACAAGGCCAAUAAGUCGUACCUCACCUUCGCUGAGUUUCGCCAGUUCCUCAAGCUAUUGAAGAAAAGACCGGAGGUGAAGAGGCUGUAUAAACAUGUUAUCGCGGCAACUGGGGACGGGAAACAUCUGGAGGGUUGUCCGUAUUCUCACAAAAGCAAGUUCCUGCACCGCGCUGCUACAACGCAUACGCAUCAUCACGGCCAUCGCCACCUCCCUUCUAAGGCGUCCCCUCAUAAACUUGACAAAUCGACAAGCGAACGCGAAGGAAGCGUAUUCACUGACGGCCACGUCCUGCAGCGAUCCCUUUCCGCCUCCUACCACCACGAACACCCGCGGCAUAGCCUCCUCCACGCCUCCUUAGUGCAGCACAAAUCUCAGUCAUACCCCUCAGCGGACGGUCCGCCCGAAGACGCGUUCGACUUUUGUGCAUUCACGCUCUUCAUGCGCGACAUGCAGAAAUCCCCGCUUCGCGACGACGAUCUGCGGAUGCUGUUCGACAAGUACUCGUGCUUAGAGAAUCGGCGUAUUACGAAGGAUGGGGUACUGGGUGCGCGGCUUGAGUCCCCGACGGCGGUAGCUGAUUCCCCGAAUGAGGAAGAGGCGAGCGCGGCCGGUGGGGCGUCCCACCCACAUACGAUGUCGCUGGCUGCCUUCACGUCGUUUCUCCUCUCUCCAGCUAACGCUGCGCUGUUGGACCAGCUUCCUGAAUACCUCCGAUCGCCCUCCGAUCGCACGCAUACAGCUGAGGGGUCGGAGCAAUCAUCGUCCACACCCUUCUCUGAUCGAUCUUUGUUCAGCAGGACGUCGAUGGUCUACCAGGACAUGACCCGGCCGCUGCCUGAAUACUACAUCUCGUCCUCGCAUAACACAUAUCUCGUGGGGCACCAGCUCGUGGGGACUAGCACUACUGAAGGAUAUAUCAGGGCCCUCCUCAGUGGCUGCAGGAGCGUAGAGGUGGACAUCUACGAUGGCGACGUCGAACCGAUGAUCUUCCACGGAAAGACGCUCACUACCAAAGUCUCGUUGCGCGCCGUGUGUCGCUCCAUCGCGCGGUACGGCUUCGUUGCCUCCCCAUAUCCGAUCAUCAUCUCGGCGGAGCUCCACAUCCAGACGCUGGAGCAGCAGGAUAUGAUGGCGAAUAUCAUGCUAGAGGAGUUUGGCGACAGCCUGAUUCGCAUGCCGCCUGAUGGGCCGCCUAAGCUGGAGCAUCUGCCAAGUCCGGAGGAGCUGAAGGGAAAGGUCAUGUUGAAGACAAAGAACUUGAACCUGGCCACUCAUGGAUCGUUAGGCGAUGGUGACUUCUCCGAAGUAGACACAUCGUAUUCUUCGUUGAGUGCCUCCGAGUCCGACGUCUUCUUGAACGAUACGCCAAAUCGGGGGAAGAAGAGGCGGGCAUCAGAUUCUAAUAAAGGCUUUGGCGCCGAGCUUCAGCGAGCCCGCGACACUGUUCUCCAACGCGUGCGAAGUCGUGGUAAAUCUUCAUCUGCUCCCUCACCACCCCAGAUCAGGCCUUCAUCCUCUUCUGGCGCGAACAACAGCUCCUCGCUCGCAGCUGCCGCGAUGAGACCCAAACUCAAGAUGUCUUGUGCUUUGGCCGCCCUUUUGGUGUAUACCGUCGGCGUGAAAUGUCGUGGGAUCAAUAAGAAAGAACAGUAUGCGGUCGAACAUAUGUUUUCGUUGUCAGAAAACACAAUCAACAAGAUGUUGAAGGAGGUGACCUACGGGGGCUACGACGACGACCCGGAUAAAUUGACCGAUACUGGGGGCGUGGGCAGGGGCGGUAUGAUGGAUCUGAUCAAGCAUUGUCGCACCCAUCUCGUCAGGACUUAUCCGAAAGGAAUGCGCGUAGAUUCGUCGAAUUACGAGCCCCAUCGCUAUUGGAGUGCAGGUGCCCAGUUGGUGGCUAUUAACUGGCAAACGUGUGACGUUGGUUUCAUGAUCAACCAUGCCAUGUUCCAAAGGAAUGGGCGGUGCGGUUAUGUGUUGAAACCGCUAGCCCUGCGCUCGGCGGCGCACAAGCACCUCCUUAGCAAACGUACCAACCAUUACCUCGAUGUCACUAUCAUUUCGGCGCAACAACUGCCCAGGCCCAAGGAUGGCAAGACAGUGGUCGAUCCCUACGUUGAAGUCUCUAUACAUGUCCCCGAUUGGACCCAUCAGCCGUUCUUGCCCUCGCCGCAAGUCAAAGCCGAUGGUAAGCAGUCCAAGUCAGCUGAAGACUUACCGACGUACUCUCCUCCGAGCGGACCAACCGCGACUAUGGCUACCCGAGCGAGGAAGAUCAGCAGUGCCACGAGCGUCGUGAGGCAUAAUGGAUUCAACCCUGUCUGGGAAGAACAACUGCGGCUCCCCUUCGAUUGCGUAGGGGAUAUGAAGGAGCUAAUAUUCCUAAAGUUUGCUGUCAAGCAAGAAGGGAAAGGUGGGGACGACGAUGAGGUUUUGGCCGUAUUCUGUGCUUCUCUAGGUAGUCUGCAACGAGGUUAUCGACACAUACCCCUCCAUGACGUCCAACUAUCGCAGUUCCUGUUCGCUACGCUUUUUGUGCGGAUCGAAAUCCAGGACGUACCUAACUGA